CAGAGUGCAUUUCGGUUCCUAACCUGCAAAUUUUCAACAACAGUGAAUAGCCCCCCGUAUUAGAUUACGGGAAAGUUAAAAUUAUUACGAUGUUAGCCAUAAAAUCGGCUGUGAUACGUGCAAAAUCGAUUUCGCGGGGUUCGCAAAUACGUUACUUGUCACAGCUGUCAACAAAAUAUAAAGAAAAUCAUGAGGAAAAGAUGCAAGCCUGGCAAAUACAUUCGUACGAAGGAUUGGCAAAUCUCAAACUAUCAGAUGUCAGAAUUCCCAUUAUAAAAAAACCUAACGACGUCCUGAUAAAAAUUGAAGCCGCCAGUGUAAAUCCAAUUGAUUUAGCUGUAUCUCGGGGCUAUGGUGCAACUAUUCUGAAUGCGAUGCGUAAAAUGAACGCUUUAAAAGAUGACUUUGAUGUGAUUGAAUUCCCUUUGACACUUGGGCGAGACUUUUCAGGGAUAGUUAUAUCUAAGGGGCAUAGUAUAGGAGAUCGAUUAACAUUGGGUGACAAAGUAUGGGGAGUAAUUCCUGUUGAGCAACAAGGAUGUCAUGCUGAGUAUGUUGUCGUGGAUGGUAAUUUGGUAAAUCACCGACCAACCAAUUUAUCGCACCUUGAAGCCUCCAGCAUUUUGUAUGCUGGUCUCACUGCAUGGUCGGCCUUAUGGAUCACGGGAGGCUUGUGGUUAAAAACCAAUGUACCCACAACUUAUAAUAAAAGAGUACUUGUUCUGGGUGGAUCUGGUGGUGUCGGUACCUUAGCAAUUCAAUUAUUGAAAGCUUGGAAUAUGCAGGUGGUAACAACUUGUAGCACUGAUGCAGUUGAGCUUGUAGAAGGAUUAGGAGCACAUGUUGUUGUUGACUACAAUGACCAGAAUGCAGAAUCACAAAUCUUGGAGGAAGGGCCGUACGAUAUAAUUUUGGAUUGUUGCAACCAAGGAAUAGAUGUGAUCAGAGCUAAAGGCUAUCCACACAAUACUUUCAUAACUUUGAACUCGCCAUUAUUGAGAAACAUUGAUGAAUAUGGAUGGGUGGCAGGUUCAAUGAAAAAUAUCGGGGAAUUGAUUAAAUAUAAUGUUCCCAUGAUUGAAAAUAAAUCUUUCGUGAAAUGGGCAGUUUUUGUUCCAUCUCAGACGGGAAUCAAUGUGAUCCAAAAAUUUGUAGAGUCAGGAAAGAUUCGACCAGUAAUUGAAAAGGUUUAUCCUUUCUCUGAUUUACCUGAAGCUUAUGGAAGAAUGGAGAAAGGCCACCUCCGUGGUAAAGUCGUGAUUGAAAUGAAAUAGACUGUGUAAUAUAAUACGAUCUGUACAGAAUCCCUGGAAUUUGUUUUCGAAUUCAUUGAGAAUUAUUGGAAAGAACUUAUUUCAUCCACAAAUGAUUUGUAAUAUUUUAUUUACAAUAAAUAUUUCGUUUCUCAAAACAACUAAAA